AUGGGUCACAUCUUUUCCAGCGAAGGCAUCAAGAUAGAUCCCGACAAAGUCGAAGCAGUGAAAGAGAUGCCUCGUCCGACCGACGUAGAAGCCGUACAGCGGCUGAAUAGCUUCGUAAAUUACUUGGCGAAAUUCCUACCAAAAUUAGCAGACGUCAUGGAACCAAUCCGCAGGCUUACUCGAAAGGAUACAGACUGGAUAUGGGCUAAAGAGCAAGAAAAAGCGUUCGAAGACGUAAAGAAACUGCUCACUGAAGCUCCUGUGUUAAGCUACUACAACCCAGAAAGCGAGUUAGAGAUCCAGUGUGAUGCAAGUCAGAAAGGUUUGGGAGCAACCCUGUUGCAGCAAGGGAAACCCGUUGUAUAUAUAAGCCGCGCUCUUACCGAAACAGAACAAUGUAUGCGCAGAUAG